CUUUGCGCAACAAUAGGAAUGACGACAGAACAGCAGGUAAGUUGACGUCGGCCACAUGGCUUCAGAUGGAAACCGCCGACAAGCUGCUGAUGCAUGGCUAUCCAGCAUGGAAGAUUUAUGCGCCAGCAAUAGCAUCGCGAUACCCCCUAGCUGCUCGCCCUACGGUGCACCUGUUCUCUUCGUUCGGAAGAAGAACAAGGAGCUGCGCUUAUGCAUUGACUAUCGCAAGCUUAAUGCUCAAACCAUUAAGAAUGUCGGCCCGCUUCCACGCAUCGACGAUCGUCUCGAACGUUUGGGCGGCGCCAAGUAUUUCUCGAAGUUGGACCUCAAAUCCGGUUACCACCAGCUCGAGAUCCAUCCAAGAGAUAGGUACAAAACCGCGUUCAAGACACGGUACGGGCACUUUGAGUGGGUCGUAAUGCCAUUCGGCCUCACGAAUGCCUCAGCCACCUUCCAAGCGGCAAUGACAACGGAGUUUCGCGAUAUGUUGGACCGGUUCGUGCUCAUCUACCUCGAUGACAUCUUGGUGUAUAGCCAAACUUUGGACGAGCACAUCGUGCAUCUACGUGCUGUUUUGGACAGGCUUCGUACGGCAAAGUACAAGGUCAACCGAGCCAAGUGCGAAUUCGCACAGCAAGCGCUCGAGUACUUGGGCCACUUUGUGACGCGGCAAGGCAUCCGUCCGCUUGCGGACAAGAUCAAGUCCAUUCAGGAUUGGCCGGAACCGACCAACACCACGGAGGUUCGCUCUUUCAUGGGAUUGGCCGGGUACUACCAACGUUUCAUCGGAGUAUACGCACGGAUCGCCGCACCUUUGUCCAGAUUGCAGUCUCCACAGGUGCCCUUCCACUUCACCGAUGAAGUCCGCAGUUCGUUCCACAAAUUGAAAACGGCGCUGCUCCUCACCCCCGUCUUGAGUAUCUACGAUCCCACCUUGCCUACGAGAGUGACUACGAACGCUUCCGGCUACGACAUGGGUGCAGUUUUGGAACAACGCGACGGAGUAGAUUGGCAUCCGGUUGAGUACUUCAGCCAAAAGGUGCCUCCCAUCAACUCUGUUGAUGAUGCGCGGAAGGAGUUGCUCGCGUUCGUCACGGUACUCGAGCGUUGGCGACACUUCCUCCUCGGGCGUCGUAGGUUCACUUGGGUGACAAAUAAUAACCCAUUGACCUACUAUAAGAUGCAAGACACGGUGAGCAGCACGAUUCCUCGGUGGAUGUACUUCAUCGAUCAGUUCGACUUCACACCGUAACAUAUUCCGGGCCUCUCCAUCCAACCAAGCUGCAGAUGCUCUCUCGCGAAGAUCAGAUCUUUGCGCAGUGACUCACCACGCGUUCAGUUUCGACGAA